AUCCUUUGUUCCGCGCGCACGGCUGUCGAUGGCGAAGUGUCCGAGGUGUAUACGCGAAACGCAAUAUUAAUAUAGUGUCUCGUGUUUAGUGCCUUAGUGCGUAUAAGUUUUUUUCGUUUUACCCGUAUAUUACGUAUAUAUAAUUGUAUAGUAUUGUCACCUGAAAGCAACAGUAUAUUAUAUAGUAUAUAUUUUAAUAACAUCGGAUUUAUUUUUUUAUCGUUUUAUUUAUCUGCACAAUAUUAUAUAUUGAAUUAAGUUCGCGAAAGAGACGUGCAUACAAAUUUAUUUUUGAAAAUAGGCACUUGCUGAAUAAUUUUAUUGAUAGCGUUGCCUACAAAUUUUAUGUGUAGGCCUAGUCAAACUGCGUGUCUGUAUGUAUGGGGGCAUAGAAGAUUAAUAAUAUAAUUACCUAUAAAUAUAAUAUAUUUAUGUGAAGUACCUAUAUAUAGUGUAUAGGUUGUGUGCCAAAAAAAAAAAAAACGUAAACACCAUAAACUGCCUUACAUGUGCCCCAUAAAAUGUCUUGGUUCAAUAUUUGUACGGUGCAACUGCAGAAAAGGUGCUGUCGGUAUCUAUUGCAACGGUAUAUUGGACGAUUCCUCGAACACAAGAUUGAACCAGAACAGUUGUCCAUAAAUGUAUUGGAUGGCUCUGUAUCUCUUGGAGACAUUGUGCUUGAUGUCCAGGUUUGUUAUCCUAAAUGUUUCCUCAUAAUACAAUCUUCAGCUGUAUUCAUUGUCCAAACAAUGCAUUACUAAAUGCUUUGUUUCAUUAGAUACAUGUUACAUACUGAUUACUUAUUAUUAUUUCUUCAAAAGUGACAAGUUUAAUUAGUAAUCAAUCAUUGUUGUUUUCAACAAUCAAUCCGUUGUUUUUAAAAUUUUUGUAUUUUAUUUUGUAAAUAUAAUUUUAAUUUUUCAAAACAAUAGUACACAAUAUAGUUUAUUUACAGUUUUAAAUAAAUAUUUAUGCACUUGCUAAUAAAAUUAUUGAUACUUAUUUAAUCUACUUUUUUAUUAAUAAAAAUAUUUUAAAAAUAAAAACUGCUAGGAAAAUGUAUAAAAAAAAUUCAUUAUAAGUUGGUAUAUGACAGUUUAAAUAAAUAAGUUUGUUAUUAUUUUGAUAUCUGCAGGCUCUGAAUAAUAUAGGAGAUGAACACCAGCUACCAUUUGAAUUUGUCGAAGGUAGUGUGGUAAAAAUAUCACUAACGGUGCCAUGGCGGAACAUGCUCACAGAAUCCAGCGUUAUACAUAUUGAUGGACUUAGUCUUACUGUCAGGUCUAAUGUAAAAGAAACUGAAGGUAAUCAAAGCUGAUUUAAUAUAUAAGUGCACAUUUUUAAUAUGAAUCAUAUUAUAGAUAAUAUAUUAUAUAUAAUAUAAUAAUAUAAUAUAAUAAUAUAAUAAUAAUAUAUAAUGUAUUAUACUUCUUUGUAUUUAUCAUGCAAGUAAAAUUAACUAGUAAUAUUCUAGCUCUUCAUAUCUUCUUAUACAUUAAUGUACAAUGUACAUGAUCCCUAAAAAUAAUUUGUUUUUUCAUACUUUCUAAAUACUUGAUUACCUACAUAUUUUCUGAUAUUAACAUUUUAUUUGUUAUUAACAAAAUAAUAAUAUAUCAAUAUUUUUAGGAAUACCUAGUUCAAUGUUGGAAUCUGUGUGGUCAUCCAUGUCAAAUAGUGUAUAUUCUACUCCAGACAGUGACUAUGAAGAUAGUUUUGAUAAUGCAUCAGAAUCUGAACAAGUUUCAGGAUUAGAAGUGUUCACUCAGGCCAUAGAAUCUAGUAAAUUUUAAUUUAAAGGACGUUAUACCCGCGUGUGCUGUCUCAAUCCAACUAACUGACAAGAUAUCAAAAUCUACCUUACGCAAACUGUGUAGAACUCACUUAAUUUUUGUUUUAGAGUAAAAGUGUCUAUUAUAAAAUUUAAAGAGGAUAUUAUUCCGGAGAGCAAGAUUAUACAUUUCAUUUUUUGAAAUGUUACAAUUAUUUAAAAAAAAAAAACAAUGAACUAGUCUUUAUUUCUAAAUAAUGUAUUGAACUUUAUAAUCGGAAUAAUAAUUAGAAUAAUAGAAAAAUGCUUUAUCCUGCCCUUAGGAAUAUUGCCUUCUUUUAAUUUUAUAAAAAGUGAUUUUACAUAGUUUAACGCAAUCUGUGUAAGGUAGAUUUUGCUAUAUUGCCUGUUAGUUACUGAGAUAGCACAUGCGAGUAUGAUGUUUUCUUAAAUGUAUUAAACAUCUUGGUAUAUCAUUUUUUAAAUUAAUGUUUACUUUUUAGUAUUGAACAGAAUAAAAGUGAAAUUGUCAAAUACUGUGAUAAAAUUAGAAUACAUGCCAGAUAUUUUGAAAUUAGGAUUAGGAUUACAAUUACAUAUUAUAAGGUAAGUGAAAAAUUAGUUUUUAGAUUUAUAAAUUAAUUUUUUUUUUUAUUUUACAGUUUAGAUUAUAUUGAUGAAGUGGCAGAUGAAUCAAAAGACGGAAUAAUAUAUGAUAGUUUAGCUUUUUUAACUAAAAAAUUACUAAUUGAAGGAGUGUUUUUACAGACUUAUGAAUUUAAAUGUCCUAAAUCUAACAAUGGAGUAUCUGUAAGUUUUGGUUCAAAUUAAUUUUAGAUUUUGUGUACAAAAUUGUUUUUUAUAAUCUUAUUCAAAUAUUGGUUUUUAUUUUAGAUUUCAAAAACAAAUAUCACAGAACCAAUAACUAUUGCUGAACUUACUGGUACUCAAGCUAUUCGAAUGGUACUUAAACAUAAUCCUAGUCUUCCUGGUCCAAAAUUAAGCUUAGAAGUAAAUUUUGGCCCUCUGAAUGUUAUUUGCUCUCCAAGACAAUUAUAUUUAGUCAUAGAAAUUUUACGUGGCAUAUCUAAGCCAUUAACAGAACAGAAAUUAAAAGCAGCACUUAUUCAAAAACCAAUGAGCGAAUCAGAUUUUAAUAGAAUUGAACAAGAUUUAUUUAAUAUGGAGAGUAGAUCUAAUGCUGAUAUUGGUUUGAGAGGAAUGCAAGGAUGGUCAAAUUUGCAAGGUAAUUUGUAAUUUGUUAUGAACAUUUCAAAAAUUAAUAUGUUAUUGUAUAUGUAGAUGAUGAAGAAGAAUUUUUCCCAUUACAAGGCUCUAGAAAUAGAACAUUUGUACCAAGCAUGGAAUCUUCAAUGACUUCUAGUAUGAGUAGUGUUGCUAGCAGGUAAUUUGCUCAUUCAAUAUUCAAAUAAAUAAUACUUAAAUGUCAUAUAUUUUGUUUUGUUAGUAAAUCUGAUUUGUCUUCACGUCACAAUAGGCAUAAAUAUAAAGGUAAAUUUAUUUUAGUGCUCAAUUAUAUUUAUCUUUUUUAAUUUUAUCUUAUUAAAUAUUACUGAUUUAGGUAAACAUGAAUGGUUAGGUGAAACCAAUCAUUUUAGUGUAAAUUUAACUUCAAUAUGUGUGGUUUUGCUACAUGAUGAUGUACUUGCCAUUUGUCCGGAAACUGAUGUUAUCACUCAAUGUUCUUUGAAUGAAAUGCGUAAAAUAUCUCAUCAAUACCUCAUGGCCGUUCAAAAUUGUGACAUCAUUAAAGAUUGUGAUAAAAUCACCAAGUCUAUAGACAGAAACCAUUUGAAGCUUAUUGCUACCAAUGUGAUCAUGGAAGGUGAUGAAAAAACUAGUGAGACUAUGAAAGACGUUAGUAUAACUGCUUCAGGAAUUAACGUAAUAGUAAUGGAAGUUCUCAUUGAAACUGUGGAAGAACCUACUCAGUAUAUUCCGGUAUAAUUGUUUCUCAUAUCUUUAUGAAAACUAAAUGUAUUAAAUAAUUUUAAAUUAAAUUUUGACAGAUCUUAAAAUUUGUCCAAGAUGCAAAAUGUUCCCCUCCAAAAACACCAACAAAUCAUCCAGAUAUUCAAAUUCAAUUUAAACAUAACACAAAGUCUACUAGAUAUUGUAAUCCGGUUUCUUCUGAAAUAAAGUAAAUUUGUUAAUAAAUCUUAAAGAUAAUAAAUUGGUGCUUAAAAACUAAUAUUUAUGAAAAUGCUGUUUGAGACUAAAAAGUAGAUAUUCUUUACAUAGUGCUUUACUUAUGAAUUUAAAUUUAUUUGAAUUACUUUUGAGUUAGAGAUUGUAAAGACUUAUCUGUAUAAAACAUAAUUUCAAGAUCGACGUCAAAUGAUUUCUGAACCUAACUAUUGGGUAUUUUGUCACAUCUCUAAUAUAUAUAUAUAUGUUAGUAUAUUACAUUUUAAUUUAAUCUAUUAAAUAAUUGGUAAAACAAUUGUAUUGUAUAUAAAUUAUAAUUAUACAAUUUUAUUUAUUAUUUAAUAUGUGCAAUUUUUCCUUGUUUAUUAGAUAACAUCAUAUUAUAUUGUACUCUUAACUUUUAAGUGAUUUUGAUAGAAUACAUUUUGUUUAAAAUUGAAUGAAAUGAAUGUACAAUUAUAUUUUUUGUGAUAUCUAGGCAAGGUUUAAGUUGAGAUUUGAUAAGUAUUGUGGGUACCACUUUAUUAACCUAUCGGAUAAUUCAACUUUUUAUAUAAAAACUGUAUUCUUUCUUUUUUUAAAAAAAACUUCAUGUAUCUUUUUAUAAUAAUUGUAAUAAAAUCUAUAUAAUUAUUUACUAUAAUUUUAUAUCAUGAACUGAAUAUUUACCUUAAAAUAAUCAUUUAUAUACCGGUACUGAGAUUAUAUUUAUUGAAUUUUAGGAUAGUCAAUCUUCUUUAAUUUCACGAUUUUUAGUGGAUCAUGUUAAAUACUUUAUGGUUUUUUCCAUAGUUAAGUAAAAAUAACAACAUGUUUAUUUUAUUGGUUUCAGAAUUUUUAUGCAAGAAGCAUUUUCUGAAAUAGAUAUUUCAAUCAUUAAUCGGUUGUCUUCAUAUAUUUAUAAUCCAGAUUUCAAGAUCUCUAAAUCAAAAAGUCCACUAAAUGUAUUUUAUUUAAUCUUAUUGUAAUAAUCAAACAAUUAAUUUUUUUUUAUCAAUAUUUGCAUUUUAUUUUAGGCUUACCAACCUCAAUUUAAUGAAGUUAUUGAAUCUGUGAAUGAUACAAAUCUGAGUUGUACUUUAAAUUUUGAUUAUUUGGUUAUUAAAUUUCGGUAAGAUUAACAGUUAAUUUAUCACUAAGAAUGUUUAAAUAACUUAUUAAACAUUUAUAUACUAGAUUCCCUGUUCCUGAUCUACGCCCAUUGAGUGAUAUCAAUCGAUUGCCAUGGUGGAAACGUAUAUUGAGAAAUGAUAUUUUAUGGUUGUAUUUAUCCGAUGCUGAAGGUUCUUUCACGAAAACAUCUAAACAAACCAUUACUACUGGUUAUGAAGUACAAUGCCGAACUGUUGAAGCGUUAUUUCAAGAAGGAAAUUCCAAUACUAAAAUUCCUAUUGCUAAAUGUAAAGGCAUUGAUGAUGAUUUAAAGACUAUUAAAACAGAUAAAAAUCUUAGACCAAAGUAAAUAAUUCUUAAUACAUUAUUAUUAGUUUAAGAUUCAAGAUUAAAUUAAAUAGAUAUACAUAGUUGAGUGAUAUUAUGGAGACAGUUGGUGAAUUUGGGUGUGAUACAACAGAUUGAAGAGAUUUAGAAUUAGGGUAAUCAACCCCAAAUAGUUGAGAAAGACAAGUAGAACAUACAUUAAAAUUUGUAAUUCUUUUGUUACAAAUAACGUUAUGCUUUUCAUUAAAAAUUAUUUUUUCAUGUAUAAUUUUAAAUCUUUAAAAUUUAUUUGUUUGCUCAAAAUUAAAUCUUAAUGUAUUUGUUUUUUUUUUUUGUUGUUGUAUAUUAAUUAAAUUAUAACAUUUUAUAAUAAAAUGUAUAGUUCUAUAGUUUAGUAAUAAUUAUUAUUCAAAUGUUUAAAAGAUUUAAUUUAUACAGAUAGAAAAUGAAGGCAUAAUUUCUAUACUUGUAAAUUAAUCAAUUUUAAUAAUAUCAGUUUUUAUUAACAAUAUUCGUUAAUUUUUUUUCCAGAUUAGUUUUAAGGUUAUGCCCUGUAGUUAGUAAUCAAGAUGAAGUAAAAUUUGGAAAUUGUAGUACUGAAAAUAAUAUGACAAAUAGUGUUUAUAUUGAAACAUCUAAGAAGCCAUCACCCUUUGCUUCCAAAAAAAUUAUGAGACAAAGAAAUCACCAUUCUGGUUGUCAUGAACAUGAAUCAAAAUUAGGUAAUGGUGAAAUACAAGUAGUUCCAGGUUCUAGAGAAGAAAUAAUGGAAUUUGUUGAAUAUACAAAUUCUAAUGCUAAAGUGUAUUUAGACAUUAAUUUACCCUGUGUUUUUAUCACAUUACCAUCAAAGCAUAUAUAUGAGACUAUUUAUAACAGGUUUGUUAGUUUGUUAAUUUUUAUUUAUAAUUUAUAAAUAUUUUUAUUUUAUUUAUCAUUUCUAGAUUUACUAAUGAUUUAUUUUUUUGGUCUCCGUCAUUUCCUACUCCUGCAUCAUGUGGUGAUGAUGCAAGUAAACUAACAAAUAUAUUAGAUAGGACUCGUUAUUUUACACCUUGUAAAUCGGGAAUACAAUUUGGUAAAUUCAUAACUUGUUUAUAAAUUACACUUCUAUUAAUGCUAAUAUUUUAUAAAUUAGAUUCAGAAAGUGAAUCGGAAGAUGAUUCUUCCAAUGUUUAUUAUUCAUGUGGACAAUCUGACAUGGAUAUUGCUGAUCCUAUGAUAAAACGAACUGAAUUUUGUCUUAAUUUGAAUAUUGCACAAGGCUUAUUUACUAUUAUCCUUCAGUCUCGGGUAUUUAUUAAUUAUAUUUUUACAUUUAGGUAUUUAAUGUUAUGUAACAAAGUUAUAAUAUUAAUUUUGGAAAUAUAUACAGUGACAUUUUUUUUUUUAUUAAAAUUCUUCCUAAACUGAACUUGUAUCAUAGAGAUAUAUGAUAACUUAUAUAUUGAUGUGUAAUAAAAAAAUUAUGAUUUGUUUAAAACAAAUCUUGAAACUACCACUUUUUCUACUAAUCUAAUUUUGUUAAAGUUCAAUGUUGUAGAAUAUUUUAUAAUUAAGUCAUAAUUUGUUUUCUUUAUCUGUCUUAUACAAAAUAUAUCAAAAAACCAUUUCACACUUAAAGGAUUAAUUCUUUGGUUAAAUUUACAGCAAAGUGACUGAAUUAUUAAAAUUGUAUUACUUAAAAUUUCAUAAGUAUUUACAUUGUCUUGAUUAAGAGAUCUUUUUAUCAUUUCCAUUUUAUCAUGAAAAAAAUGUAUUUUAAUUUCUCUUAAUUUUAACCAGUAAUAUCUUAUUAAUAAAUUAAUAUACUAUAAAAAUCAUUUGGUUGAAACAUAGUAAUUACUCUUCCUUACAAAAUAUCCUUUUGCCCUAUAUUCAAUGAAAAAUUCACAAAUGUUGAAGUGCGGAAUGAAUUUAUUACUAUAUUAGAGGCAAGAUAAAUAGAGAAAACAAAUUAUAUGUAGAAGCCAAGUUGCUUUUACAGUACAAACUCAUCUUCUAAAAAAAAUGUAUAUAUUAAUUUAACAAAAAUAAUAAUCUGUUAAGAAAUAGUAAUCUGAUUGUUAGUUAUCUUUUAUGGUUUAUAAUAUUAGUAAUUGAAUAAGAUUUACAUUUUUGUAAUGUCAAUUAAUACCAAAAAAUAAUUACAAUGAUAAAAUUACAUAAAACAAUUGCUUACAUUGAGAUAUUGUAUACAAAUCAUAUUUUUAGGACCGUUCUGGAAGAGUAAUACCUCAACAUUAUGGUGAAUUACAAAUUGCAUUUGAAGAUCUAUACUUAUAUAUGGCAGCUGGUUAUGAAAAUACACCUAGACAUAACUUUAUUUGUAUCCAAGCUAAUAAAUUCUGUUUGAGUCAUGAAAGUAUGUUUCAUAAUAAUGUAUUAAUUCAACAAUUAUGGAAAUAAUUGUAUAUUAUUUAUUUUAUUUAGAUCAUUCAACAAGUGGUAGUGAUAUUUUAACACCAAAAGAAGUUGUAUGCCGAAGAAAUAAUUCAUUACAACGUGUUUUAUUUAAAACACCUGAUGGUAUGGAUUUUAAAGAACGAGCAGGCAUCAAUAAACCAGAUAUGUUGACUGUAGUAGUUGAAAUAUCUGUUUGUGAUCAUAUUAAAGUAAAUAUUAUUUAAUUUUAUUAUUAAAAUGUCUUCUUAUUUUAAUAUUAUAUAUUACUUGUGUAUAGACUAUAAGAGUAGCGAAUGAAAUUAAUGGUACUACUUUAAGGCAUAUGUUUAGUGUUGUUGCUCAGAGUUGGUAUUAUCAAUUAUCUGAUUUCUUUGAUGUUGUGGAUUAUCCUGUUGCUGGAUAUGAAUCUCCUCAUGUAAUUACUGAACUACAUCAACAUAUUACUGAUUGUCUUAUUGAUUAUAGGUUAGUAAAUAUUUCAAUUUAUAUUUAAUUUAGUAUUUAAUUGUUCUUUUAAAUUUAUAGGCCUCUGCAUUUGCCAUACCAAUGUGUGCUUACUAUUGGAAAUUUUAGUUUAUCCAGUAAUAUUGUUGCUAGAUCCAAAGCAUCAACUCUUCAAAUAGUAUCGGAGGAUGUUGCAUUCUUUAUUUCAGCCAGAUUAUCAAAAGCAGAAAAUUUAGAUUUAAUAUCUAAUUAUAUUUGUGUCAUGGAUCUAGGCGUUUUUGAACUUUCUUUAAAACUUAAUAAGAACUCUAAACUAUCAAAUACUGUGCGACAACCUGAAAUAGAUUUAAGAAUGGCUGUCAAUGUUAUACAUAUUAGAACAUGUGCUGAUUCUGCAUUUGCUCUUUGUCGUAUAAUUAGUUAUUUAGCUUCGGAUGGAGAUAAAAUUUCUAUAGAUGAGAAUACAACUGAAUUUGAAGGUGUAGAACAAGAAGAUCCUGUUUUGUUAGAUCAAGCAGAUUCUGAUAAUAACUCAUUAUCUAGUCUUAUAAUGGAAGCUAUGCAUGAAGAAACUACUGGCAUAAAAAAAUCCAAAGACCCUUUAAAUAAAACCGUGGAAACCUCAAGCUCAAACAACUUCUCACCUGAAAGUCAAAGUGAUACAGGAAUUGAAGUUUUUUAUUUUCCCGAUGAAACAAAUAGAAUGGUCACUACUUUGGAUACUCAACCGACAUUCCGAUAUAAUGUAGAAGAUGAUUUUAUUGAAAAAGAAUUUUGUUUUGUUGAACAUGAUGUCGGUGCUGGGGUACUGGUAAGGAGUCUAAUCAAAUUAAUUUGAAUUUUGAAAAUUAAUUACUCUUUAAUUUCAAUUAGCCUCGAAGUAACAUACCUGAAGUUCGAAUUUUAACAGACACUCAAAUAUGUUUAGUUAAUAACUAUUUUAAAGCUCCUGUUGGAAAAAUUGAUAUGCUCCAGGCGCCUAAAGAAUAUCCAAUUCCUGUAGUUAGAUAUACAUUACGAGAAAUGACUUUAAUUUGGCACAUUUAUGGUGGAACAGAUUUUAGUCCUAAAACCGCCCAUAAUGAACUGACAAAACAUGUCAAUAUAGUAUCAGAAACGUUAGUAAAUUAUAAUUAUUUUUGAUUUAAUAAUUUAUGGUUUUUAGAAUGAUUGAUAUUUUUAUACAGAAACUCUUGUCCAACUUCUCCAAAUACUUUGAGGCCUUCUCUUUCUCGAUAUUAUUCUCAAACCAAUAUAAAUUCUCAGGUAAUUAUUUAUUUUAUUCAAGAAGAUAACUAAAUUAACAGUAUUAGCAAUUAUUAUGAAAUUAUACCUUUAAAGCAAUUAUCAUUUUUGGAAUAGAAAAAUCCAAAUUCAAAUAAAGGAUCAGCCAAAAUUUCUCAAGCCAGGACAAGAUUUUGCUGUAGUGUUUUACCUACCAGUUGGCAAGCAAAAGGUGGUGCUGGUCGACAACAUCAUGUUUUAAUGCAACUCCAGUUGAAUAAAGUAUUAUUUUGUACUAAAUUGAUGAAUAAGUUUUAAUAUAUAAUAUUUAAUAUUUUUUUCAUAGGUACGAUUCCAAUAUGAAGUCUAUCCAUCUAAUACCAAACAAGCAAUGAGACAAGUGAUCCUUAUUCAAGAUUUUGAAAUUCGUGACAAACUUGCAUCAUCUAACAUCAAUAAGUUCUUAUACCUUUAUUCAAGUGAAGCUAUGCCUAAACAACAUGAUGCUAAUAUGGUAAGUGAGUUUGAUAGAUUUAUUUUAAUAGAAAAUGAAUUUAAAUCAAAAUAUCAAUAGCUUGUUGCCAAAGCAGCCUACACACGCCCAGAUUCUAAUUUAAAAUCUCAAGAAUGUUGUAUAAAGGUGUCUAUGUUACCAUUAAGACUCAACAUUGAUCAAGAUUCAUUGAUUUUCCUGAUCUCAUUUGUUAAUAAAUUUAAUGAAUUCGGUCAAAAAACCAAAGAUGGUAUGUUCUAUUAUUUUAAUAUAUUUUAUUGAAUUUAUUUUAUAAAAUCUAGUAUUUUAUAGAAAUAUUAACAGAGAAGAAAAUACCUACCAAAUCAGAAGAACCGAUUAUGACUAUUGGAAAUAAUAAUUUUGGGCAACAAGAUAUUAUACCUAAUUCAUUGAUUCAAUUAAAUGAUGAAUUUGAUGAACAUUUUGGACAAAAAGAUAUACCUGUUUUUUUAAAACCAGAAAUCGGAACUGUUCCAGUUGAUAAUAAAACUCCUGUUUAUAUAAGACAAUUUGUUUUCUCUCCGGAUGUUACUAUCCGAUUAGAUUAUGAAGGGCGACAUAUUGAUUUGAGCCAAGGUUCAUUAGCUGGUUUAUUAAUGGGAUUAGCACAACUCAAUUGUUCAGAGAUUACUUUGAAACGUAUUGUUCAUAAACACGGGUAAGAAAGCAUGAUAUCCAUAUAAAAUUUUUUAUGACCAAAUAUUUGUAUUAAUUGUUAAUUUAUUUAUAGUUUACUUGGGUUUGACAAAUUAUUGACAUUUAUUACUCAAGAGUGGUUACAAGAUAUAAAAAAACAUCAGCUUCCAUCAUUGCUUGGUGGUGUAGGUCCAAUGUAUUCAUUUGUUAGAUUGAUACAAGGAUUCAGAGAUCUAGUGCAGCUUCCUAUUGAACAAUACCAAAAAGAUGGUAGAAUAGUCAGAGGUUUGCAAAGAGGUGCCAAUUCAUUUACUACAUCUACAGCCAUGGCUGCUCUUGAAAUAGCCACACGAAUUGUGAAUCUCAUUCAAGUUAGUAUUGUAGUUGUUUUCAGUACAAAUUUUAAUUUUAAAUUUUAAUAUAAUUCAUUUUAUUUACAGAGAGUAGCUGAAACUACUUAUGACAUGGUAAAUCCAGGACCUAGUAUGCGACAGUUGAGAUUACAAGAAUCUAAAAGGAAACGUUCUAAUAAAAGAUCCCAUCCUGCAGAUAUUCGAGAAGGAGUUGCUGCUGCAGUUAUGUUGGUUAAAGAAGUUAGUGUUUAUUAAUUUUUUUUUAAUAUUAUUUAUUAUAAUCUGUUGCAUGCUCUGGUUCUGUAAGUAAAAUUGUAGACCUCCUUGCAAGAUAAAUUCAGAUGUGGAUUCUGCACAUACAGACCAACUGACAACAAGUUCCUUUAUUAUUUUUAUAGCUUGGAUUUCUCUUAAAUUAGAUAUUAAAGUAGACAAUAUCUUAAAACACCUUAAAUAGAUUGAUAAAAUUAUCUAAAAAAAACUACAAAUAUUCUCCGAUAUUUUCUUAAAAAUUAGGAAAACACAAAAAUAAUCAAUAUAUUUCAAUAUAACCUUUAUAGUAGUUAUUUUUUUAAAUUUUUUCUUUAUCAGAGUGAUUAAAAAAAUAUGUAUAGGUAUAUGUAGUUACAUAACGGUUGGUAAUGAUUUGUAAUUGUAAUAUGUAAUAUUUGGAGAAUAAGAAAAGAAAUUAGAAGGGUGUAAGAAAGCUCAUAGUGACAAGUAAAAAAAAGGGCCUUAAAAUAAACCAAGUAAAUACUAAUGAGUAAGCACAUGACUCUUACAAAAUUUGAGCAUUUAUUGUUUCUCUUUUGAACAAGUUGAGAAUUUUAAAUACUUAGUUUCUAAUAUAAAUCUUAAAAAUAAUAUGCAUAACAAGAUUAAAUCCAGAAUAAAUUUAAUCCAUGGGUACUAUGCAAUGAAUAAAAUUUUAACAUCAAAACUCCUUUCAAGAGACGCAGAGAAAUAGGAUAAUGAGGACGAGUGCAGCCACUGUUAUAAAUAAUUUUAUUUAUUCCUGUAAGCAACGAUAAACCAUUGCUUAAGAAAAAACGAUCCUGAGCAGAAUUCAGUUGAUAGUGAUACUUUAUCCACAAUAUAUAUAUGCCAUAUUAUAGUAAAAUAAUUUAGUACUCUAUAUAUUUUCUUUAAUAUUUGUUUAAAGUCAUACUGAUUUCCUUGGUUUUCUUGUUUUUUCCCAGUUUUUCACAUUUGCUGUGAAAAAAUCGAAAAACUAUCUCCCUAAAGUACCUCUCCAGUGAAAUUUCCUUUUAGAAAAAUUGCUAUCAUUAAAAGUUUGAGCAAAAUUACUAAUAGAAAAUUUGUACACAGAAAAAAAAAAUAAUAUUAUACAAAUAUAAUCCUUAAAUUUCUCCAUUUUUUUCAGUUUUUCAUAUUUUAUGAGAAAAUCAAAAAAUGAUGUUUUUAAGAUACCUCCUAACACCGAUUUCCUUUCAGAAACUUUGCUACACGUAAAAAUCAGAGCAAGUUUUCUGGUUGAAAGGUUAUCCAUAGAAUAUAAAAAAUAAACAUCUUUGUAAAAUCAUAAGCUUCUUCGCUCCACUCACAGUCUAAAACUAUUCAUUACCGAACUUUGCCCCAUUAUUAUGUACAGAUGUGAAAUGUGAUCUACGACACAGGGUGACUAGAAUAAGCUAUUGACCUCUGAAAGAAAAAUACUUAGGAAAAUAUAUGGGCCUAUGUUAAACCCCAAUUAGUACUGGUAUAUACGAGCAGAAAAAACUUAAACAAACUGUAUAAUGCACCUAAUUUACAAAAUUUUCUGGGGUUGAAAAGGUUAGAGUGGGCUGGUCAUGUAUAGCGUGCAGAGGGUAGAUUGAUAAGUACUUAUCACAAGUCGAAUAAAAACCAACCUGUUAAAAGACCAAGACAACAGUGGAUAAACAGAGUUGUAAGAUGACUUAAAAAGAUUACGAAAUGGGAGCAAAUAUAGAAGAUACACAGGAUCAAUAAGUUUGGAAGCCUCUGGUAAAAGUUAUGAAGCACCUGAAUGGCGGCGUGAAGCAUAAUUUAAAAAAAAAUUGAAAUAAUUUUUUUCAGGCACAUCAAAAUUAAAAUUAAUAGUAAUAAUAUUUUAAAAUUAUAAUAAAAUGGUAUUUUUUCAUUUUAAUUUUAAAAAGAUUCUAAAAAAAAAAAACCCCUACGAACAAAUUAUCCACAUUUUUUGCUCUCAUAAGACUGUACAUACUCGGUCAAAAUAUGUAAAACAUUCAAAUCCAAACUCUAAUUAUUAUUUUUGUUAAUUUAAACUAAAAAUAAAUAACCUUAAAACUAUAUAAGUGAAAAUCUAAUAUUUAGUCUGUCAAUACUAUUAUGAAAACAUUUUUGUUUUUCAAUUCUAUUAUUAGAUAAGAAAUUUUGUUGUUAAUUUAGGGUCUUGGUGAAACUGCACAAACUUUAGUUAGAGUAGCAAGUGAAGAACAUGAAAUUAAGGGUACUGCUGGUAUGGUCGGUGGUGUAAUGCGGCAAAUACCUCCUACAGCCCUUACACCUAUUAUACUCGCCAGUCAAGCAACAUGCAAUGUACUUCAAGGCGUUCGGUGUCAGCUAGCACCAGAUGCUCGUGUUGAAGCUAUGCAAAAAUGGAGGUGUGACUAAACAUCGAUUUACAUAUCAAAAGACCAAUAUAUAAUACAAUAUAUCCAUAUAUUUUUUAAUCAUUUGUUUGUGCUUUUUAUUUUUUUAAAUCAAAAUAAUUAUCUGACAUUUGAAUUGUAGAAUGAAAGUAGUAUAUUUUUGCAAUUUUUAUAGCAUAUAAAAAAUAUUUUAUUUUUGAAAACUAUAUUAAAUGGUUUAAUGAUUUUUCAUAUUUUGUGAAAUACUGAGACACCAAAUAUAGUAUACAAAGAUGCAAUCUAUUAUAUAUAUUUUUUAAUUCUAGUGCCAUAAUUUUGUGGUUUCAAUAUUCAUAGUCUGCUUAAGACAUAAGUGUUUUGAUUUGUUACAUGUUAAAUUUUAUACAAUUAAAAAAAUGUUUAUUUGUCAUUUUGUACAGAAAAUAGGAAAAAAAAUAAAUAUCAUUUAUUUUGAUGAUUAUUUUUUAUGUGUAAUAGUUUAUUAUUUUUUAAAUUUAUUAUAAUAGACCAUAAAAGCUUAUAAAUGAAUUUGCAAUAAGAAAAUAAUACACUGGUUGUAUAUUUAUUCCAUAUUAGAACUAAAGUGAUUGGUGCAAAUAAAAAUGAUGUGUCCUCCACAAAUAAAAAUAAAUACUGUUUAGAUAAUGCAAAUCUUAAAUUAUAAACAUAAAUUUUAAAUAAAAAAAAAUACAAUUAAUUAUUCUAUUCUGUAAGACAUUUAAACUACCUAUGAUUAACAUCAGUUAACAAUUAAGUUUAUUAUUAUUUUUCCAACUACAUUCAACAUUAGCUUUCCAUUCACCACUACCGUCUUCAAAUAGUUCUUUUUUAAAAAUAGGAACAGUGGUUUUCAAUCUAUCUAGUAUAAAUGAAACAGCUUCUUGGGCAUGUUUGCGAUGAGGAGAUGAAGCUGCAAUCACUACACCAGGUUCACCAACUUUUACUUCACCAAUCCUUACAAAGAAUUAAAUAAUUUUUAGGAACACAACAUUGUAAUUUAUGAAAACCAAGUUUCUAUGUUCCAAGUUACCUGUGAUGUAUUGCAAUGUUUACGACUUCAGGCCAUUUUUGUCUGACCAAUAUAGUAAUGCUUUCCAUUUCGUUCAAGGCCAUUGACUCGUAAGCUUCAUAAAAUAAUGUUUUAAUUUUAUUUCCAUUAAAGUUUUCUCUAGUUAUUCCAAUAAAUAUUGAUAUUGCUCCACAUUGGGGUGUAUUAACAGCUUUUAUAGCAGAGCAAACAUCCAAUUCAGAAUUCUCGAUUUUCAAAUCAAUCAUUUUUUUAACCU